CGGUUUUGGACACCAUGUAUCCGACCACACUAACGCAGUUGUCCCGGGCUAAUCCCUUCAACGCCCCGCUAUUCUCCCUCCAAGAAAUCGAGGAGCCCAAACAGAGCCUCCCCGCAAAUGGACAGAGCCGCAACCUCGCUGCCGCAGCAAUUGCUGGUAUUUGAACUGAAUUCAUGACCCCCCCAAUCGCUGUUCAAAACUAAGAGGGAGACAGCUGUGAGUUCGGCUCACGGAAGUAUUUACUCCUCUGUGGGUUUGGUGGCAUCAUCAGCUGUGGCACCACACACGCAGCCCUUGUGCCCCUCGAUCUGGUCAAAUGCAGAAUGCAGGUGGACCCUGACAAAUACAAGAGCAUUGGCAAAGGCUUCUCCCUCACAUUGAAGGAGGAUGGAGCCCGAGGGCUGGCUAAGGGCUGGGCCCCUACCUUCAUCGGCUACUCCAUGCAGGGUCUCUGCAAGUUUGGCUUCUAUGAGAUGUUCAAGAUCUUCUACAGCGACAUGCUUGGAGAGGAGAACACCUACCUGUGGAGGACAUCCCUGUACCUGGCUGCGUCUGCCAGUGCAGAGUUCUUUGCUGACAUUGCCCUGGCCCCCAUGGAGGCUUGCAAAGUGCGUAUCCAGACCUGCCCCGGCUACGCCAACAACCUCAGACAGUGUGCUCCCAAGAUGUUUGCAGAGGAGGGAGUAUGGGCGUUCUACAAGGGUGUGGUUCCCCUGUGGAUGCGGCAGAUCCCCUACACCAUGAUGAAGUUUGCCUGCUUUGAGAGGACCGUGGAGCUGCUCUACAAACACGUGGUGCCCAAACCACGUGCUGACUGCACCAAGGCUGAGCAGCUGAUCGUCACCUUCACGGCCGGCUACAUCGCUGGUGUGUUCUGUGCCAUCGUGUCCCACCCAGCGGACUCAGUGGUGUCUGUACUGAAUAAGGAGAGUGGCAGCACCGCCGUCCAAGUGCUCAAGAAGCUCGGACCUAAAGGUGUUUGGAAGGGCCUGGUUGCCCGUAUCAUCAUGAUCGGUACUCUGACCGCUCUGCAGUGGUUCAUCUACGACUCCGUGAAGGUCUACUUCCGCCUGCCCCGUCCCCCUCCCCCCGAGAUGCCAGAGUCCCUCAAGAAGAAGCUGGGGCUCACUGAGUAAAACAAUAAAACGACCUUCAUCUCCAGGACCCCCUCUCACCUCACCCCCCUGGCUGCAGCACACAGCUCUGUUUUCUAUAUUUAUGUUCCUAAAGCAGCUCCUCUUCUCCAGGCCCAGGGCUGUUCCUCCCAUGUAUAUUUAAGAGAAAGAGAGACCGGAAGGGAGGGAUCCAUGUUUGUCCCCUCUCUGCACUGAGGUACAGGAAAAUAUACGUACUGUAGAAACAUGGUCUGGUUUUAUCCACUCAUGUCAUUAGUAAUGUGGAAAUUAUUUAAUUAUUAAAAUGUUUCCCUCUAAAA